GACGUGUUUUCUGUUUUAUUCCACCACCGCCGCCGCUCGACCAGAAGAAGGCGUUCUACAGCUUUUUGCAAAGUUCGCUAAUUGUUCUGGAUAGAGAUAAUAGAUCCAUCCAUAAGACGACAUGUCGCUCACCCUUUGGAACUCGAGAUUCUCGGUGACGUUCGUGCGGCAGUAUGCGACGAUAUUCACGUCUGGCUCUGUUGCCACUAGCAGUCUACAAAAUAAGUUCACAAAUUCAAGUAUCCUCAGUUUUCACAACAACGACAAGCAACGGCAGCGAACUCUAUUUACCAUGCAGAACAAUCGUCAGGGCAAAGCACCAACGACCAGCGGUGCCACCACAGAUACCGCCAACAUUGGCGGUAUCGGAGCAGCUCCUCCCUCUGCCUCGCAGCAUCCACACUGCAACAAGCAGACGCUGUACGAUCAUCCGCUAGUCCGUCAGCAGUCCUCUACAGGUAAUUAUGAUUACGACCUGGUUGUGAUUGGCGGUGGGUCAGCUGGUCUGGCCUGCGCCAAGGAGGCCGUCCAGAAUGGUGCCCGUGUGGCCUGCCUGGACUAUGUGAAGCCCACUCCCAUCGGCACCAAGUGGGGCGUUGGCGGCACUUGCGUCAAUGUCGGCUGUAUUCCCAAGAAGCUGAUGCACCAGGCCUCGCUGCUGGGAGAGGCUGUCCACGAGGCGGCCGCCUAUGGCUGGAAUGUUGAUGACAAGAUCAAGCCGGACUGGAGCAAGCUGGUCACCUCCGUGCAGAACCACAUCAAGUCUGUCAACUGGGUGACUCGCGUGGAUCUGCGCGACAAAAAAGUGGAGUACAUCAACGGUCUGGGCUCUUUCGUGGACCCGCACACCAUGGUGGCCAAGCUGAAGACCACCGAGCGCACAAUAACCGCCGAGAAUUUCGUCAUUGCGGUGGGCGGACGUCCCCGCUAUCCGGACAUUCCCGGCGCCGUUGAGUACGGCAUCACCAGCGAUGAUCUGUUCAGUCUGGACCACGAGCCCGGCAAGACUUUGGUUGUUGGCGCUGGCUAUAUUGGCCUGGAGUGCGCUGGCUUCUUGAAGGGACUCGGCUACGAGCCCACUGUGAUGGUGCGCUCGAUUGUGCUGCGCGGCUUUGACCAGCAGAUGGCCGAGCUGGUGGCCUCUUCGAUGGAUGAGCGUGGCAUUCCCUUCCUGCGCAAGACGGUGCCACUUUCCGUGGAGAAGCAGGACGACGGCAAGCUGCUCGUCAAGUACAAGAACACGGAGACCGGCGAGGAGGGCGAAGAUACUUAUGACACCGUCCUCUGGGCCGUUGGCCGCAAGGGCCUGGUCGAGGAUCUGAAUCUGCCCAACGCUGGCGUUACCACAGUCAAGGACAAGAUCCAGGUUGACACGAAGGAGACCACCAAUGUGCCCAACAUCUAUGCCGUUGGCGACAUCAUCUACGGCAAGCCCGAACUGACACCCGUGGCUGUUCUGGCCGGCCGCCUGCUGGCCCGUCGCCUCUAUGGCGGCUCCAACCAGCGCAUGGACUACUCGGACGUGGCCACCACCGUGUUCACGCCCCUCGAGUACGCCUGCGUGGGCCUCAGCGAGGAGGAUGCCGUCAAGCAGUACGGUGCCGAUAACGUGGAGGUCUUCCACGGCUACUAUAAGCCCACAGAGUUCUUCAUUCCCCAGAAGAGCGUUCGCUACUGCUACUUGAAGGCAGUCGCCGAACGCAGCGGAGACCAGCGUGUGUAUGGUCUCCACUAUCUGGGACCCGUUGCCGGUGAGGUCAUCCAGGGCUUUGCCGCUGCCCUCAAGUCCGGUCUGACCAUCAACACUCUGAUCAACACGGUGGGCAUCCACCCGACCACCGCCGAGGAGUUCACCCGGCUCAGCAUCACCAAGCGCUCCGGACUGGACCCCACACCGGCCAGCUGCUGCAGCUAAAUCUGCACUCGCCCCCGGAACAGACCCCUGCAGCCGGAGGGAGACAUCGCCUUAGCCGUCGCUGCCCGCAACCUGCAAACUGAAUUGAAUUGAAUGGAAUUGUUGUUGCCGCGGCCCAGCGAUACAAAGUUUACUUUUCGUUUAAGUUUCUACCAAAUUAACCCCCAAAAACACACAAACAAUAGCCUCAACCGAUGCUUCUGCAGAGCCCACUCCAUGAUGCAGAUGCAGACGCAAAGAAACACACAGAAGAGAGAGCGAAGGAGAGCGUGGAACGGGGAACUGAGAACGGGAUAUGGUGACCGGCGGAAGAGUGGAGGCUGCCGCAAGGGACCGCACCGCAUUCUCCCACCUGUUGCCCGUCCAACUGUCCAACGGUUCACCCCACAUGCCCCACAGCUGCACUCAAAAAUUUGAAUUUAUGUUAACAAAUUAUAGUAUCCCAUGAAA